AUUGAAGUUGGAUAUUAGAUUGUCAUCCUCCCUACAAUUCCUUCCAAUCAACUGAAACCAUGGCAAUUAGAGUAGGAACAUUGAUCGUAAUUAUGUGUAUAAUUGCGGCCAUAGAUGUCCAAGGAAUAGGUGCCAGCAGCACGUACUACGACUUAGCCGCUAAGGAUUUCGGUGGCAUUGUCUCUGUGAGACCAUUGGCUUUCCUAGCAAUUUCAAAGUCUGAUGACUUAGCCAGGAUCGUUAGGUUGGCUUACAUUUCAGAUGACUUGACUGUGGCGGCCAGAGGCAACGGCCACUCGAUCAAUGGCCAGGCCAUGGCCGAAGGUGGCCUCGUCAUAGACAUGCGUUCCGUGGAGUCGGGCCACUUCGGGCUAGUCAAAGCCAAUGGGUCUACUUACUAUGCGGACGUACCGGGAGGGGCAUUAUGGGAGGAUGUCCUCGACUGGUGCCUUGCGCAAGGCCUGUCCCCGAGGUCGAAUACGGACUACCUUAGGCUCACGGUUGGUGGGACACUGUCCAAUGCGGGGGUCGGCGGUCACACUUUUAGGUUUGGCCCGCAAACGUCGAACGUGGCGGAGUUGGAAGUCAUCACGGGGAAAGGACAGCGGGUCGUCUGCUCCGAGAAGGAGAACGCGGAAUUGUUCUUCGGAGCCCUUGGCGGGCUUGGCCAGUUUGGCAUCAUCACUCGGGCCCAGAUACUGCUUCAACCGGCCCCCGACAUGGUGAGGUGGAUAAGGCUGGUCUAUACCGAUUUUGAUGAGUUCACUCAGGACGCCGAAUCGCUGGUCACUGCCCCGGAAGGACAAUCUUUUGAUUAUAUUGAAGGGAUCGUAGUAGUGAACGGUGACGACCCGUUCAACGGAUGGCCCUCGGUGCCCUUGCACCCGAAUCAAACAUUUAACUCGGAUUUGAUACCUCAAAGUGCAGGCCCGAUGCUAUACUGCUUAGAAGUUACGCUCCACUACAAGAAGUACGACAGCCGAACAGCAAUCGAUGUGACGGUGGACAGUUUGCUACGUCAGCUGAGAUACGUCGAGGGGUUGGACUUCCAAGCGGACGUAAGUUAUAGGGACUUCUUGCUGCGGGUGAAGUGGGAAGAACAAGCGGCGAGGGCCGAAGGCGCAUGGGACAAGCCCCACCGUUGGUUGAACAUCUUCUUGUCGAGGACGGACAUUGCCGAAUUCGACCACGCCGCGUUCAAGACAAUACUAAAGGACGGCAUUGGUGGGAGGCUGUUGGUAUACCCGGUUUUACGUCGCAAUUUCGACAAUCGGACGUCCCUGGUGUUGCCCGAGGCAGAAAUCUUCUACAUAGUGUCCAUUCUUCGGUUAGGUCUUCCAAUACCUAACGAACCAUCGGUCGGGAGAAUGAUCUCGCAGGAUAAGGAGAUCAUCAAGGUAUGCGAAGAUAAUGCAUUCGAUUACAAGCUGUAUCUCUGGAAUUUCGAGACGCAAGAGGAGUGGAAGAGGCAUUUUGGGAAGAAAUGGGGGAUGUUUGCGAGGAGGAAGAUGAUGUUUGAUCCGAAGGCGAUCCUAUCGCCGGGCCAAAACAUUUUUACAUAAUUUUAGAUUGGGUUUAACCGAUGAAA